UUUCUCAGUGGUCUUGGUACUGAAAAUGUGCUGGGUAUCUAGCUAGAGAACUAGCCAAUGGGCUAGCUUGUCAGCCGUCUCGUCUUGGCGUUCAGUGACUUCUGUUGUGCAAAAAUGAAUGAAUGGGUGAUCCACUCGUCUGUGGCGGCUAACUAGCUAGCAAGCUUCACUAAGACCAACUUAUCAAUGUCAGCUAGCUAUAGCUGUACACAGAAAGAACAUUAGCCAACCAGGCUAUUUAUCGUAGCAAGGCCUGCAGUAAGCUAGCGUUAGCUUGCUGUGAAUUUGUAACUCUAUAGUCGAUUUUAAUAAUUUCAUUUACAAUUUAGAGAAGCCGACAGCUAGUUUGUUGGUUAUUUGUUUCAAUCCAGAACAGGGAAAGGCCUGACUUCAGUACCACUGAAAAAAUCGGCAUCGGAUAGAAUCAAUGAAAUUAUGCAAACCGCAAGAUGCCACCGGGGGAUGAACCCAGGCGUGCCAGUUCUGGCGCUUGCUGUGGUGUUAUUGUUACUGUUGACCUACGAUGCCAGGGUUAUGUAUCAGAAGGGGUUUACCUCUCCUGACAGCUCGGUCGUAUGUCUACGCCUCGAACGUUACUCCAGUCUACCGGAUAUGUGUGUCGCCUUCAGCUUCGUCGCAGGUGCGGUGCGCGUCAGGAGGAGGCGGAGGGGCGCGGAGGGGGUUCCUGGGGGAGUUUGUGGACUCCCUGAAGCAGGAGCUGAACAAGAACAAGGAGAUGAAGGACAACAUCCGGAAGUUCCGGGAGGAGGCGAAGAGGCUGGAGGACUCGGAGGCCCUGAGGCAGGCCAGGAGGAAAUACAAAACCAUCGAGUCAGAAACGGUGAAGACCUCUGAGGUGCUGAAGAAGAGGCUGGACUCCCUGUCGGAGACCGUCAAGGAGGGCCUGGAGGAGGUGGGGCGCACCGACCUGGGGAAGAAGAUCAAGGAGGGCGUUGAGGAGGCGGCGCGGGCGGCCAAGCAGUCCGCCGAAUCGGUGUCCCAGAGCGGGGAGAAGCUGGGCAGGACGGGCGCGUUCCGGGCCAUAUCCCAGGGCAUGGAGACGGUGAAGAAGGAGAUCGACGAGCUGGGCCAGAGUGGGCCCUACCGAGCCCCAUCCCGUUUGAGGAUGAGGACCGACUUCUCCUCCAGGGGGUCUGGGAGCGACUCCCGGGUGUUUGAGGCGAACGAAGAUGCAAUGGGGAUCGUGCUGCACAGGGAUUCUAAAUGGUAUCAGCAGUGGAAGGAAUUCAAGGACAACAACAUGGUCUUCAACCGGUUCUUUGAAAUGAAGAUGAAGUACGACGAGAGUGACAACACCUUGAUCCGGGCGUCGCGAGCCGUCACGGACAAAGUCACUGACCUCAUCGGUGGGCUGUUCUCCAAAACGGAGAUAUCGGAGGUGCUGACGGAGAUCCUGAAGGUCGAUCCAAACUUCGACAAGGAGUCCUUCCUCAAACAGUGUGAGCAUGACAUCAUCCCUAAUGUCCUGGAGGCGAUGAUUCGUGGAGAGCUGGAGGUGCUGAAGGACUGGUGCUACGAAGCGACCUACAGUCAGCUGGCUCACCCUAUCCAGCAGGCCAGGGCCAUGGGGCUGCAGUUCCGCUCCAAGAUCCUGGACAUCGACAACAUCGACCUGGCGAUGGGGAAGCUGAUGGACCAGGGACCCGUGCUGAUCAUCACCUUCCAGGCCCAGCUGGUCAACGACAUCCGCGGACCCAAGGGGGACCUGGUGGAGGGGGACCCGGAGAAGGUGCUGCGGAUGCUGUACGUGUGGGCGCUGUGCCGGGAUCAGGAGGAGCUCAACCCCAGCGCUGCCUGGAGGCUCCUGGACAUCUCCGGCUCCAGCACGGAGCAGGUCCUCUGAGGCGGGAGGGAAGGGACUGGAACACACACACACACACACACACACACACACACACACACAGCUCCAGCACUGAGCAGGUCCUCUGAGACGGGAGGGAAGGGACUGGAACGCACGGCUCAGUGCACACACACACACACACACACACACAGUUCAAUACACACACACACACAUACACAGGCACACACACACUCGUGCACACCACCACACACACACACUCACUCAUGCACACACAUACACAAACAUGCACACACGCAUGCACACACCACUACGCACACACACACACGCACAGGCCCCAUCCUGUCUACUGCUCAGAGGAAACUUUUAGACCUGGCUCUGGCACCGUUGCCUGGUACCAUCCUUGUAGCCAGGGCAGAGUGGAUCAGACUGGAUUGGACUGGACCAAACUGGGCGCGUCCGCAGGCUGACUGGACCUGUGGGUCGUGGGUGUGCUGGGGACCAGUCGAGAUGCUCUCACUGAGCGGCACAAAAAUCGCACCUGGCACCAUGACCCCCUCCCUCCUCCGAAGCCAUUGCAUAAUGCUGGGAUUUGUCCAAUCAGACGGGAGAUUGGUUCUUCCUUCUGUUGAGUGGGCGGCGCCUGUUGGAGCUGAAAGCAGAACUGCUCACACACUUCCUUUAGGAAUUAGAAACGGAAGGGCCAACCGCAAAGAUGAAUACUUCUAAAUAUUUAUGUACAGAAAUUAUUUGUUGUCCGUGUCCUGAGUUUUGUGCAAGGCUUAAAAAAAUAACAGUAAUGAACACAAAAUGUAAUCUUAAGCUAUUACAAAAAAACGGAAACAGCCCUGAUGUUCAUGUGCACAUUUCAGCGAAAUGCAACCUCCGUUGUUUUGAACUGAAGUAACGUGGUGUACUCUAGCGCUCUUGCUAGUAUUUCCAGUGUAAGAGGUCACUGUAACCGCAGCGUUGACAGAGGAAACGAAAUGUUCUUUGAAUGUUUUGUUGCGGUGCGCCUCGUAGUUCUGUAGUUCUGGUUUUGAUGCGGCGCAUCAGAGUUUGGCACCGUGGCGGGCCAGGCGUUUGGCGGUGGGUGUGGCACGCUCUGUUUUGGCAAGUCAGGUUUCCCUUGGGUGAGAUCCACCGUUUUCGUCAGCUGUUUCUGAAAUCUCGCCAAAACUGCCGUGCCAAUCUUUAAAGAAGGGUGUGAAAGACCUGCACACAAAAAAAAUAAAUAUAUAAUGACAUACUGAGGUGAAAGCAGAUUAGGUACUGUACAAUAGUAGUAAUAAUAAGGUAGAAAAACGUGCUAAAUAACUCAUUCAGUGGUUAUUCAUAUCUGGUGUCUCCAUUAAAGCUGUUGUUAAUGUCCUCUGCUCUAAGCUUGGUAACAUGACAAAUAACUUUGGUUUUUCAUAUUGGGCACAUGACCAGUAUUUGUUGUUUUGUUUAGUCUUUUUUAAAUUUAUAAUCUUAUCCAUGAUAAUGGAUUUGAUUGGCUGUAAUCUACGUAACUGACCAGAGUUGAAGAGAGUGGAGAGGUGGAUGCAGUGAAAGAUGCACUUUUAUUGCAUGUGCUGUGUGUCUCCCCCUGCUGGUCACUGUGUGUUACUGCAGGCGUUGGUUCUGCGUUUUGGAAAGUACGUUCCUGGUGUAAUUAUCUAUCUGGCCGUUGACUUGUCCUCAUCUUCGUCUGAGCCGAAUGAAGAAAAAACGUGAAGCUUAAUCACAUUAAAAUUCAAAAUUAUUUCCUUUUUAAAA